CAUGCGCAGUGAUCGGGUACGGGGACUUGACCGAACAAGCUCCGUCAGUUGCUCCGACUUCCCGGUAUUUGGUGUCAACCAUCUCGAAAUGGUUUCUGUUGUGUGAAGAGUUGCGGCAGGCCGUGGUGAUCCGGGGAGGCGGCUGACCGGACCCAAGAUCAAGAUAAAAUCAUCCUGCUGGCCGUUAAGCAGCCGUGGCCUGCUGCCGGGAACCGAGCCGCCGCCUCCAGUGACAGCAAAGUUAUUACUUUCCAGUAUCAUGAACGUAGCAGCAUUUCCUUCUCCCACCAGUGAUAUGGCUGAAAUUAACCGCAUCCAGUAUGAGAUGGAAUACACGGAGGGCAUCAGUCAGCGAAUGAGAGUGCCUGAGAGACUUCAGGUUGCACCAGAAACUGCCGAGGAUAGGUGGGCAAAAGGAGACUUUCCAACCACCACGACUGUAAUGGAGGUGCCAGAGAGGAUUGUUGUAGCAGGUGACCAUAACAGUUCCAGACCAAGGGAUCUGGAUCUAAUGACAUCAGCUCCUACAGAGCCUUUAGCAUUGAAAACACCUCCACGAGUGCUCACCCUAAAUGAGAAACCUUUAGACUUCUUGGACCUAGAGCGCCCUGUUGUCUCAACUCCACAGACUGAGGAAGGUCGCUCCCAUGCUCGUGUAAGGAGGGAACGUUCAAUGAGUGAAAAUGCCACCCGACCAAAUGGGCAGCUUGUCCGAACAGAAUCCAUUGUGACACCAGCCCCCCAACCUCAACCUCAGCCUCAGCCUCGUCUUUAUCCUCCACUCAUCUCCUCUGAAGAUGGACCAAACGCAUACUCUCCUCAUGGCAUUUUGUCAGUAAUCCACUCUACCACCCGUAGGGCCUACCAGCAAGUCAUGGACAUGCUAGAUGAAAAUCGCAGAAGAACAGUACUUCGUGGAGGGUCAACUUGCGCUACUUCAUCUAACCCUCUGCCUGACAGUUCCAGGUAUAGCCUUUCCAACUAUGACCCUACAUUGGAAGGAACACAAGAUGAUGUGGCUCUUGUGGAUUCGGUUUCCCUACGAAGACAGAUAAUUAAACUGAAUCGUCGGCUCCAGCUUCUAGAGGAAGAAAACCGUGAACGUACUCGCCGUGAAAUCAUUGUAUAUUCGAUCACUGUGGGGUUCUGGUUGAUUAAUAGCUGGCUGUGGUUACGGCGCUGAGCACUGUAUCAAAAGAUCUUGUGCUAAAUGAAUACCAGUUUUCUCAGAAACAGUUGGCGAUACAGAUGGUCAAAGAUGGUUUUUGCCUCUUCUGUACCAUAUAGACUUUUCUCCAGGUUCUUGCACUGAUUGCUCACUCCUUGUAACACGGGGAAAGGAAUAAUGUGGACAAAAGAAUAUAUUGUUGCCUCAACUUUAAAUAUUUAUUAGCUCACUUUAUUAAAAAUCAUUUUGCAUGUCUGUAAUUAGAGAAUGUGUAGUUUUCAGUAUUUUUUUAAACAUGUAAUUAAACCUGAUGUGUAAGUGACAGUAUAGGCCCAGGGGAGCAUUAUUAUAAAACAGGACAGGGAAUAAAGCUCAGAAUGCAUUUUUUUAACUUUUACUUUCUGAUGAGAAAGGUUAAAUUUGAAGAUUUUGCAAGAGCUGCAUAUGACCAAGAAUCAUAUUUUCUUCUACUUCAUUUUGUAUUGAAGUUGACUUUUGGGCUAUGGAUCCUUCAUUUUUUCUCCAACGACUUUGAAAGGAAUAAAUGCGGGCCGAGGCAAUAAAAUUCUCAAAUCUGUAUCAAAAAUAUAUUCCACUUUCAUUGAUUUUUAUUUUGAAUGUCACCAUGUGCUGUGGCUAUAUUUGAAAAGAUAGGACUGAUUAUUUCAGUGUUAUGGUAAUUGAACAGAAAAAUUCCCAAACAAAUUGUUCUGAAAAUAUAUGGACUUGGAUGGGAAGAGGAAUAUGUUUUCUAUGAAUGCUGAACAAGAGUAGUCAUUGUGUAACCUUGACCAUUAAUUUUUGAAUCAAACAAAUGUUUACAGUGUAUUUUUUGAUCUUGACCUGCUGAUGUACAAAUUUACAAUGUUGACCUUGUACUGAAGACAUUUAUUGAAGGAGCAUUGAAUACAAAUGUAACUUUGAAGAAAAUGUACUUAUAAAUAUAUGUCAUAUAAAUAUUUUAUGUGGCACACUUUUUUUUUCGAUUGUAUCUUUUUAAGUGAACAGGCUUGCAGAGGAUUAUCGGAAGUACAACACUGUAUACCAUUGACUAGAUAUGGCUGUAAAGAAAAUUAAAAUUGAGUGUUU